AAAAAACUUACUGCGGUGCGCGGGUACCUAAGGGUUUUGGCAAGUUCCAGACUUCCAGUACAGGUUUUAGCUCGCAUUGCCGACUACCGUCACUGCUCAACAAUGGUGCUAGGGUUCUAGAGGAGCCCCCUUUUUUUUUCCCCCUCUCCAUCCAGUUUUGCCUCUAUCUUUCUUCAUCCUGCGAUAGCUCUUCCUAGUUUAAGCUCCCGAUGGUGGAUUUUGCCGGCGACGACGACGACGACUUCGGCGACCUAUAUGCAGAUGUUGAACUUCAAGCAGCUUCCGCCAUCAACUCCAGAACUAGCUCCGCCAAAUUCCACUUCCCGUUGGAGCAACAAUCCCUAAUCCAGCAAUAUGAUAAGGCCAGUAACAGCAAAGCUGACAAUGCGAGACCCAUUUCAGAAGGGGAAAACGUCUCCUCCUGUCCCAAUCCGUCGAAAUUGGUAAGGAUUUGUUAUGUGGAUCAGAAUGAUGUCUUACUGGUUUGUUUAAUUUUUUUUUUUCGCUCUAGAAAUUGUUGUGAUGGAGGUGUUAAGGUCGAGUUCUGAUACUCAUGGAGCAACAAAAUGGAAAACCAGAGGUGCCCAACGUUGCUUGAGAUAGAAUGAAAGCUAUUUAAGUUCUUCUAUGAGCUUCUAACAGAGGUGGGAUAGACUAGACCACUCUGUUCUUCAGUUCCUUAUUCUCGUGCUACUAUGAAGCAGAAUGAGUCGGUAACUGUUCCAUCCCAUUCUUUUAAAUCAACGAGGAGGGAUUCAGAGGGCAGCGAGUGUUUACAAGGCAAUGUGGCAAAAGUUAACAAAGUUUCUAAUGUUUAUGCUGCUGCCGACUCAGUUGUAUCCCAUGCUGGACGUGGUUUCCCACUUCCAGUGUAUAGGACAAUUUAUGAUGUAAAUACUGACACGUUUGGAGGGAAAAGAUGGGGGUAUCAGGGAGCUAAUAUGUCUUUUUUACCCAAUUAUGGUUUCAAUGAAGACAGUUGGAGACAAUACUGUAUGACUGUGCCAAAAGGCCGAGCAAUUGAGGUGGAAGAUAGUGGCGGUGAACGUUUUCCCACCAUGAAUCAGAAGUGCCCAGACAAUUGGGAUUCUGAUGUGGUUAUUGAGAUCAAGGUGCAGGAUUUUGAUGAGAAUUCAAAUGUCUUUAGCAAAAGGGAUUUAAGCGGGAAAAGUAGUGGAGAUAAAGUGUCAAAAAGCUGCGUGAAGAGUGCUGAUGUUGUAGCGGAGGCCAGCCAUUCGGGUGCGGCCAGUGGAGAUUGUGUGUCUUUGGGUUCUCCAGAAGGAACUAGGUCAUCCCAGUCAUUGUUCGAAACGAGGGAAUCGUCCCAGCAUCCUGAUAACUGUGAAAGAGACCAUAUCCCUGAUUCUGAUGAGCAUCACCCUCGUAGAACUCGAGUGAAAACAGAAGAGUUUGCUGAAGCCGUUGAAAGUGAAAGAGAUUCAAAGGAUGGGUCGGUAAGGAGGUCGAGCAAGUCAGAUCAACAUCAGAGUGAUAGUGACUCAUUGAUCGAUGACAAAAGUCGCUUUAGCCUGACGUUAUCUUGCUCUGAAAGUGAUUCUGAACCUUCUGCAGAUAGUUGUCGUGGUGUAUCUAGGUGUUCAUCUUUGGGAACUGAGUUACAUGAUACAGUUUCAUCUGUCCACUGUAAAAGUAAUGACUCAGAACAAGCAGAUAGUGACCAAAGACGCCUGGCAAAUGACAGCCUCUUAAAUGGUAGACGGAGGUGUGAAAACAAAGGAGGCCAAAGUGUCAAAAGUGAGCAUGAUUUGGAUCUCCCCAAAAGGAACGAUUCCUCCUACUUUAGAUCCAGAGAAUAUUUUUCUGGAGAUGGUGGUCAAAGGUGGGGUGCUAGUUAUGUUGAAACUGAUCAUAGAGAACAUCCUCUGAAGAAGCGUCAUAAGAACCUUGAAGGUGAGGCCUAUACCUGGGACAGAGGAAAUCAAAGUGCUCGGCUCCGUGAUAGAAGGAUUACUGAGAUGUUACAACUGAAACAUAGAUACAAUUCACUGGACGAGGAAUAUGGAAGGCACAGUCCAUUUUCAGGGAGAGGAAUCAAUGCUUGUGAAAGAGGGCUUGGACAUAGUGAAAAGGGUAGACUGAAUUUGGAUCAUCUAUGGCAUGAAGAAGAAGAAAUGGAUAGAGAGUAUUGGAAAGCCCAUCACCAGGACAAGAGUAAUAAUAAUCAGGACCCAAGCUUCAGGUCAAGAUCUUAUACAUCCAAUCAAAGUAGAUGGCAGAAUGGUAAUAUUUCUAGAAGAUAUGAUCAGUAUGGGUCAAGUGUGAUGAGUAAGUAUUCUAGGCCGAGGGAGGAACUUUAUGAUUCUGGUACCUAUGGUGGCUGCUUUGGCAGUGAAGUCAAGUUUGACAGUGGUUUUGAUGAUCAACAUCAACUUGCAAAGACAAGAUAUGUUUGGAGAUCCAGAAUUCGCCAAGGAGAAGAAUCCAAGUCAAGUCACAGAGGUUUUCAAUCCUACCCUGAUAGAUUUUCUUGUUAUGGGGAAGCUCUUGGACAUGAAAAUAUAAGUGGGUAUGGGAUAUUAAGAGAAAGACAUUCAGAAAACUUAAUCAAAAGCAAUCUCAUGUACAAAUGUGAGCGUGAGAAGAUGGUUAUGACGUGCGUUAAUGGUCCAGUCGGCUUUGUUUCCCAGAGAGUGAAGCUAUCCGGGAAACAGCAUGCCCCAGGGAAGCUAAUGCCCAAGAUUAAGCCAAAGAAGAAAAAUCAGAAGUAUUUGAACGCACCUCUUUCUGGAAAGGCAAACCAAAGGGAACAGAAGCCACAAACUGAAGGCAACGAUGGUCGGGUUGCAACUACGUUUCAAGGGCAGGGGCAGAAGAACGAAUCAGAUAUCGAAGAGGGCGAGAUUGUAGCCGGAGAACCCAAUACAAAGAAGGUAAAAGCACCUCAAUGUGAGAAGGCUGAUUCUUCUAAUACCGUGACUAACAAGGCAGUGUAUGAUGAACAAUGGAUACUGGAGAGGUUGGCUAAGAUGGAGAAACGAAGGGAGCGUUUCAAGGUGCCUGUUGUAGUUCCAGAGAAGGUCAGUACUACUGAUCUUAAUCCACCUUCUUGCUCUCAACCUCAAGCUGACUCGUCGGUUAGUACAGGCGAGACUAAGCUCGAACGACCAGCCAGGAAGAGGCGCUGGGCUGGGAUUUAAGUCUUUAGUUGGCCGGUCAUUAUUUCAUUCUUGUAUGGUCCUCUGCAAGGGGAACAGUUUUGAUUGUUAUGUGGAUAGUAGGAUCAAUUUCUCUCUGUGACUAAAUAAAGUUGAGAGAAAUGAUAUGAUGCUGUUUUUUCUGUUUGUUUCACUCCUGAGCAAGUGAAGUGUGCAGACAGCAGACUGAUUUCUAGUUCUACUCCUACCACCUGGACAUGAACUGAUUGAAUUGUGUACUUGCGUGGGCCUGAUGCUUUAGUCUGAUUGGGCCGGAAUGACUUAAGGCCCACCAAAAGCCAUCUUGUGCCUAGUUGAUUACUUUUCUCACCCGGUGUCCUCCCAGAUAGACUGCGAUUUCCAACCAGC